AUGGAACUCACCAGGAGCCCGGGAGAGAGUCGCAAACAGAUCAACAUGACAGCAGAGCAGUGCCAGGCUGCAUCUCAGCAGUGCUUUCUGGUUGGCUCGCCAAGGAGCCCCGUUAGCAAGACCACCUUGACCCUCAUUAGCAUCACUAGCUGUGUCAUUGGCCUGGUGUGCGCGUCCCACGUGAACUGCCCGCUGGUGGUCAAGAUAACAUUGCACGUUCCAGAGCACCUGAUUGCUGACGGCAGCCGAUUUAUCCUGCUGGAGGGAAGCCAGUUAGAUGCCAGCGACUGGCUCAAUCCUGCCCAGGUGGUCCUUUUCUCCCAGCAGAACUCCAGUGGCCCCUGGGCCUUGGACCUGUGCGCCCGACGGCUUCUUGACCCCUGCGAACACGAGUGUGACCCCGACACCGGCGAGUGCCUGUGCUAUGAAGGUUACAUGAAGGACCCUGUGCACAAACACCUCUGCAUCAGGAACGAGUGGGGCACAAACCAAGGGCCAUGGCCAUAUACCAUAUUUCAGCGUGGAUUUGAUUUGGUGUUGGGCGAACAACCUUCUGACAAGAUUUUCAGGUUCACGUACACUCUUGGAGAAGGGAUGUGGCUACCCCUGAGCAAGAGCUUUGUGAUCCCGCCUGCUGCACUGGCUAUCAACCCCUCAGCCAAGUGCAAGACAGACAUGACUGUGAUGGAAGAUGCUGUGGAGGUCAGGGAAGAACUGAUGACUUCCUCCUCCUUUGACAGCCUGGAGGUUCUUCUGGAUUCAUUUGGGCCCGUUCGGGAUUGCACCAAGGACAACGGAGGCUGCAGUAAAAACUUCCGCUGCAUUGCAGAUAGGAAACUGGAUUCUACUGGUUGCAUGUGCCCCACCGGCCUCAGCCCCAUGAAAGAUGGCACGGGCUGCUACGAUCGCCACAUCGGUGUGGACUGCUCCGAUGGAUUCAACGGCGGCUGCGAGCAGCUCUGCCUGCAGCAGAUGGUGCCUCUCCCCGAAGACGCGACUCUCUAUAAUAUUCUUAUGUUCUGUGGGUGCAUCGAAGAUUACAAACUUGGCGUGGACGGGCGAUCGUGCCAGUUAAUCUCCGAGUCCUGUCCAGAGGGUGGGGAUUGCGAAGAGAGCCGGGAGCUGCCGAUGAAUCAAACUCUCUUCGGGGAGAUGUUUUAUGGUUACAACAAUCAAACCCACGAGGUGGCACCUGGGCAGGUGCUGAAGGGGACGUUCAGGCAGAAUAACUUUGCCCGUGGCUUGGAGCAGCAGCUGCCCGAUGGGCUAGUGCUGGCCACUGUCCCGCUUGAGAACCAGUGUCAAGAGGAACUUUCGGAGCCCACUCCUGAUCCGGAUUUCUUAACUGGGAUGGUGAACUUCAGCGAGGUGUCUGGGUACCCUCUACUGCAACACUGGAAGGUGCGCUCCGUCAUGUACCACGUCAGGCUCAGCCAGCUGACUAUCUCCCAAUCUUUUGGCAAUGCUCUCCAUUCUCUGGAUGGAGCCACAUCUCGAGGGGAUUUUGUGGCUCUGCUGGACCACUUUGGGAACCACUACAUCCAGGAAGCAGUCUACGGCUUCGAGGAGUCCUGCUCCAUCUGGUAUCCCAACAAGCAGGUCCAAAGGCAGCUCUGGUUGGAAUACGAAGAUAUCAGCAAAGGUAACUCCCCCUCGGAUGAGUCUGAGGAGCGUGACAGAGACCCCCGAGUCCUCACUUUCCCUGAAUACAUCGCCAGCCUGUCUGAAUCGGGCACCAAACGCAUGGCAGCCGGCGUGCGUAUGGAGUGCCAAAGCAGGGGCCGCUGCCCCUCUUCCUGCCCCUUGUGCCACGUGACCUCCAGCCCCGAUUCUUCUGCUGAGCCCAUCCUGCUGGAGGUCACCAAAGCAGCCCCCAUCUACGAGCUGGUCACCAACAAUCAGACUCAGAGGCUCUUGCAAGAGGCUACCAUGAGUUCCCUGUGGUGCUCGGGCAGUGGGGAUGUUAUCGAGGACUGGUGUCGGUGCGACUCAAGUGCCUUCGGUGCUGAUGGCCUCCCGGCCUGUGCACCCCUCCCACACCCCGUGCUGAGGUUGUCCACUGUUCAUGAGCCCAGCAGCUCACUGGUGGUGCUGGAGUGGGAGCAUUCGGAGCCCCCCAUUGGGGUGCAGAUUGUUGAUUACCUCAUCCGCCAGGAGAAGGUCACCGACCGCUUGGACCAUUCCAAGGUGGAAACUGAGACGGUGCUGAGCUUUGUGGAUGACAUUAUCUCCGGAGCCAAGUCGCCCUGUGCAAUGCCGGCACAGGUGCCUGACAAGCUCUCCAUGACCAUCUCCUUGAUCAUUCGCUGCUUGGAACCAGACACCACCUACAUGUUCACACUCUGGGGUGUAGACAACACAGGCAGACGUUCCCGCUCAAGUGACGUGACAGUGAAGACCCCUUGUCCAGUGGUGGACGAUGUGAAGGCUCAAGAAAUAGCAGACAAGAUAUACAACCUCUUCAACGGCUACACUAGCGGGAAGGAACAGCAAACUGCCUACAACACACUGCUGGACCUGGGCUCGCCAAGUUUGCACCGGGUCCUCUAUCACUACAACCAGCACUAUGAGAGCUUUGGGGAGUUCACCUGGCGAUGUGAGGAUGAACUUGGGCCCAGGAAAGCCGGCCUCAUCCUCUCUCAGCUGGGAGACCUCAGCGCCUGGUGUCACGGCCUCUUGCAGGAGCCCAAGAUUGGCCUCCAGCGCAGCUCUCUCAAAUUCCUCGCCUGCCGCUACAGUGAGAUCAAGCCGUACGGGUUCAGCUGGUCGGAGCUGAGUCGGGACCUCAGGAAGACAUGCGAGGAGCAGACCCUGAGUGUCCUGUACAAUGACUAUGGGGACAAGGACAACUGA